UACGUUGCUCAACUUAGAUUGUCAGACCAUUGACAGUUACAGUUUUAACUAAGUUUUUGUUGAACAAUGUCCACAAUCGAUCGUGAAAAAAAAAGACGAAUCAGUUAUUUCAUUGGUUUGAAUGAUGACAAUGAUAGUGAAAAUGAAAAUGAAGACGAUAAUAGUAAUAAAGAACAAGAUGAAAUUUAUGGAUGGGAUCUUUUCCGAUAUAUUCCACCAAAAUCAAAAGCUGGAUCUAUGGUUGAUAUGCGUUUGUAUGAAGGUUGUCUCCAAAUAAUCAGAAUUUUAGCUUACAUUAUUAUUUUCAUCAUUAUUCUUGCAAGUGGCAUUAUUGCAAAAGCAACCAUUCUAUUUGCGGUAUCUCAAAUUGCACGAACAGAUAAAUUACUUUACUGUGAAUAUAAUGAAAAUGCAGCAAAUAAAUCUGCAAUGCGACAUCUUUUAGUCAACGUACCAGAUGAAGGGCGCAUUACAUGGUAUUGGUGCAUCGUAAUUGCAUUCUGCAUUCCGGAAGUAUUCGCGAUCAUUGGAUCAAUUUACUACUGUUUAUUUAAAAAAAUUAAAAUUCCUUCUAUCACGGAUCUCAGUUUUAUAUGUUUGACAGAUGGAAUUCAUUCCGCAGCCAUAGCAGUACUUUUUUUACUGAUUCUGCCAAAGCUAGAUUCCGUAUCAGCUGUAUCAGUCAGUAGUUUUGUACACCUAAUACCAGCUCUACUAGGUUUGCUAGCUUUUAAUAAAUCUCGAAAAGAUCAAAAACGCAAAUUAAUAAUGAUAGUUAUAUCUGAUAUGAUAUUGUUGACGAUUCAAAUUGGUGGUUUAGUUUUCAUGUUAUCAAUGGGUGAGAUUGACGAGCAUAUUCAAUGGAUGUUUCCAGCCAUUCUUAUAAUAUGUUCUCUCCGUUGGUGGCCGAAUUAUGUAACAGAAAAUAGUCGUAUAGGAUUUAUUAGACUGAUCUACGGUAUCAAAGAGAGAUUAGAACUGUGCCGAGGAUUUGUACAAGGAAUAACAGCGUUAUGCCGAAUUUCAAUUUUUUUCAGUACUUCCGUAAUAAUAAUUUAUUUAGAAAAUAUCAAAAUCAACACAUAUUUCAAUUGUUUCCCAGGCAAAAUAAAAUAUAACAUUACUCUCAGUCAAGUUAUUACUUCCCAAAGUAAACUGUCCAAUAAUAAUACGCUCGAAGAGACAGUAGCAUUUAUCACAGUUGAUUCAUCAACGCUAUUGACCGUCUUGAUCAGCCAUGCUUUCACAUCUUUUAUUUUGUAUUCUACUGGAAAAUUCGCCGUAAAAACUUUGAUGCAGCGUUUUGGGUUCGCACUUCCCAUUAGUUUGAUAUCUACUGCAAAUUUUAUCUUCAUAUUUUUUCUAUGCAUUUUACGUACUAACAAUCCCUGUGCCUUACACGGAUUUGUUGCAGAUUACUUAUUUUUUUUGGAGCCAAAAACUGAAAUGUUCAGUCACCCAUUUCUGCAAUGGCAAUGUUUGCUAUGGUUACUUACUUUACUGUCUCAAAUCAUGGCUACCAAGCAUAUAUGGACUACUCAUUGUGAAAGAUUAGCUACUACUAAUCGUAUUUUUGCGGUUCCAUUUUAUGAUUCUUUAAUAAUUGAACAAUCUUUGAUGCUCAAUCGUCGAAAAGACGAUUCUUCUGACUAUGGUUUGAAAAAUAAGGAAGUUUAUGAAGAAGGCAGUAAACAUUCUGAAAAAAAUACUCAAACCUUGUCUGGAAUAUUGGGUGAUGAUAGAGUAACAAAAAUAUAUGCAUGCGCCACGAUGUGGCAUGAAACUGGAGAAGAAAUGAUGCAAUUCAUUGGAAGUAUUUUAAGGCUUGACCUUUGCCAAUCAGCUAUGUCAUUCACCCAAGCCCGCUAUAAUGUUCAGAUUGAUGAUUAUUUUGAUCUUGAAAGUCACAUUUUUUUUGAUGAUGCUUUUCAAUGUAUGAACGGCUGCGACGGCGUCUGUAUUCACAACGAAAAUGAAACUCAUGUUAAUGAUUAUGUUAAGGCUUUGAUAGAGGUUAUUAAAAUAUCGGUUGAAAGGCUUGGUUUUUGUGCAAGUCCACCCAUUAAAUAUCCUGCACCAUAUGGAGGAAGGCUUGAAUGGAUUUUUCCAGGGAAAACGCGAUUAAUCGUACAUUUGAAAGAUAAAAAUAAAAUACGUCACAGAAAACGAUGGAGUCAAGUUAUGUACAUGUAUUACUUACUGGGUUAUAGAAUAAUUGAUAGACAAAUUAACAUUAACCGUAAAGCCGUCAUUGCGGAAAAUACAUAUAUACUCACAUUAGAUGGUGACAUUGACUUUCAACCAAAUGCCGUGAAAGUUCUUUUACACCUCAUGAAACGUGAUAAAAAUUUAGGGGCUGCUUGUGGUCGAAUUCACCCAAUUGGAACUGGUCCAAUGGUUUGGUUCCAAAAAUUCGAAUAUGCCAUCGGUCAUUGGUUACAAAAAUCGACUGAGCAUACGAUUGGAAGCGUUCUUUGUAGUCCAGGCUGUUUUUCUCUUUUCCGUGCAAAGGCAUUAAUGGAAGAUAAUGUUACAAGAAAAUAUGCUUCACAAUCAACAGAAGCCUGGCAUUAUAUUCAAUAUGAUCAAGGUGAGGAUCGUUGGUUAUGUACACUUGUUUUACAGUCUGGAUAUCGUGUAGAAUAUUCUGCUGCGAGUGAUUCAUAUACUCAUGCCCCUGAAACUUUCAAUGAAUUUUAUAAUCAACGUCGACGUUGGAUACCUUCCACAAUAGCAAAUAUAUUUGACUUACUGAGUUCAUCAAAUGACACAAGAAGAGCGAAUGAAAAUAUAUCAUGGUUGUACAUUGCAUAUCAAUGGAUAUUAAUGGGAAGUACAGUACUUGGUCCUGGAACAAUUUUUCUUAUGCUUGUGGGUGCAUUUGUCGCCGCAUUCAGAAUUGAUAAUUGGUCGAGUCUCUGUUAUAAUUUGAUACCCAUUGCAAUCUUCGUCACUGUUUGUGUUGUCUGUAAGCCUGACGUUCAACUUAUUAUAGCUGCAAUCAUUUCGACAUUUUAUGGAUUAGUGAUGAUCGUUGUUCUUGUGGGAAUAAUGAUUCAAAUUGCAGAUGAUGGGUGGUUCGCACCAAGCACGAUUUUGUUCAUUGCUGUAGCAGGACAGCUCAUAAUAGCUGGAAUAUUACAUCCACAAGAAAUGUCUUGCCUCAUGUGUGGCGUCAUUUAUUAUGUUACUGUACCUUCUAUGUAUAUGUUAUUAAUCAUUUAUUCUCUGUUUAAUGUUCAUAAUGUUACUUGGGGUACUAGAGAAUCUAAAGUAAUUUAUCAAGAGGAUUCGAGUGAAUCGAAAGGAGAAAAUACAGCUAACAAAAUUAAAAAUGUUAGAACUCUCAGAACACAUCCUUUAGAUAAUUCUUUAUUUAGAUGGUUUGGUCGUAAACUUCAUACACGCAAUAUUUCUUUCGAAGAAUCAUACAGGCUUGGUAACAUUCAGAAAUCUUUGGAUCAAAUUUCUUCACGUUUGGAAAAUUUAGAAAAGAACUUGUUAAAUGAAGAAGUAAAAGUAAAGUUUGAUUCUGAAGAUGAAUUAUACGAAAAUAGUACUGAUAUAAUCCAAAAACAGUCUUUACGUAGUGGCGUAAAUAAUAUCGAUAUUGAUUCUAAAUCAGAAAAUCCGUCCAGAUCUAUUCAUGAUGAUUUAAAUGAUAUUAAUUCUAGAAGCUUUCUUGUCAGUCCACCUUGGGUCCAAGACCCGGACAUUCAACGAGGCAAAGUUGAAUUUUUGUCUCACGACGAAGAAAUCUUUUGGAAUCGCUUAAUCAAAAAAUAUCUUUACCCUCUCGAUGAAGAUAAAAAGCAAAUAGAAAAAACAGCUGACGCACUAAAAACUUUACGCAAUGAAUUUCUUUUCAAAUUUUUUAUGCUUAAUGCACUGUUUGUAUUGACGGUAUUCUUAAUGCAACUCAAUAAAGAUACAUUACAUUUUCAAUGGCCUUUAGGAUUGACAUAUAACAUUACAUAUCACCGUGACACUAUUGAGGUUCAUUUUGAAAAAGAUUAUCUACAACUUGAACCUAUUGGUUGUUUAUUUAUCCUCGGAUUCGUUUUAAUUCUAUUUAUCCAGUUUAUGGCAAUGUUAUUUCAUAGGUACAAUACAUUUCUCCAUCUACUAUCUAAUACCAGUGUUAACCUUAAUUGGCUAGUGAAAUCAAAAAAUGUAUCAAACGAGGAAUCAUUGGAAAUCCAUGUAAAAGACAUGGUUCAAGGAUUGCAGCGUCUCGCAGAAGAUAAUGCUAUUUUAGUUUCUCCUAUUAAUCAAUCAAGUACUGUUACAUCUCCUCAAAAGCGAAACACAGUGCAUGCACUUAUACAAAAUCAUGAGAAACGUGUAAAAUUACCAACGAACUUUGAGACCGUCUUUCGUCGAAAUUUGCAAGAACCUACAAAUAACUCACGACUUACGUCAACGGGGAUUUCUCAGAAAGUCAUUCAAGCUUUUGAGCAGAAACGAACGACGAUGAUUUCCAAACAGCAAAAGUCACGAUUCAAUAAAAAUCGUACAGACGAAAUAUAUCAGAGUGUUGAUUACUCUCCCGAAGACAAUAUCUCCAAUCACCUUCUCGACUAUAGUAAGACAGGUUACGAAAACAAAAUUUUUAAUGAACAAUAAUUUUUUAUAGGAUUUAUUAUUAUAUUCUUCUAAAUUUCUUGUUAAAUCCAGGAACAAUUAAUUAUAUUAUGUAACUGAAAAGAAAUAAUUAUAAAUGUAACUGUAAAAUGAUGUAUAUAAAGAAUAAACGUAAAAGCACA